GUGGGCGGGGCGGGCUCUGUGCGAGGAUAAGGUGACCUGCGCUGCUGCACACUUCUUGCGUUUGGGAGGGUAACGGAAUAGCAGUAACUAUGUCUCUGUCCAACAAGCUGACCCUGGAUAAGGUUGAUGUGAAAGGGAAAAGGGUAGUCAUGAGGGUUGACUUCAAUGUCCCAAUGAAAAACAAUCAGAUUACAAACAACCAAAGGAUUAAGGCUGCUGUUCCCAGCAUCCAGCACUGUUUAGACCAUGGUGCUAAAUCUGUGGUUCUUAUGAGCCACUUGGGCAGACCAGAUGGGGUCCCUAUGCCUGACAAGUACUCUCUGGCCCCAGUGGCUGAGGAACUCAAAUCUCUGAUGAAGAGAGAGAUUGUCUUCUUAAAGGACUGUGUGGGUCCAGAAGUGGAAGCUGCAUGUUCUGACCCAGCCACUGGAACAGUCUUACUUCUGGAGAACCUUCGCUUCCAUGUGGAGGAAGAAGGGAAGGGUAAAGAUGCUGCUGGGAACAAGAUCAAAGCAGAUGCUGCCAAAGUAGAUUCAUUUAGAGCAUCACUUUCUAAACUAGGAGAUGUUUACAUCAAUGAUGCUUUUGGAACCGCACACAGAGCUCACAGCUCCAUGGUUGGUGUAAAGCUGCCCCAGAGGGCUGCUGGCUUUUUAAUGAAGAAGGAGCUUGAUUACUUUGCUAAGGCUUUGGAGAACCCUGAGAGACCUUUCCUUGCUAUCCUUGGAGGUGCUAAAGUAAAGGACAAAAUCCAGCUAAUUAGUAACAUGCUGGAUCAAGUGAAUGAGAUGAUUAUUGGUGGUGGGAUGGCCUUUACAUUCCUGAAGGUUCUCAACAAUAUGUCCAUUGGCACCUCCCUAUAUGAUGAAGAGGGAGCAAACAUUGUUAAGGACUUGAUGGCCAAGGCAGAGAAGAAUGGAGUCAAAAUUACACUUCCUGUAGACUUUACUACUGCUAACAAGUUUGAUGAAAAUGCCAGUACAGGGCAAGCCAGCGUCUCUACUGGAAUUCCUGAUGGAUGGAUGGGACUUGACUGUGGCCCAGAGAGUGUGAAGCUGUUUGUGGAAGCUGUGGGUAGAGCCAAACAGAUUGUGUGGAAUGGUCCAGUUGGGGUGUUUGAAUGGGACAAUUUUGCUAAAGGAACCAAAGCCGUAAUGGACAAAGUGGUAGAGGUCACUGGCAAAGGUUGCAUUACAAUCAUUGGUGGAGGAGACACUGCUACCUGCUGUGCUAAAUGGGAUACCGAGGACAAAGUUAGUCAUGUCAGUACAGGAGGAGGAGCCAGUCUAGAGCUGCUAGAAGGAAAGGUCCUACCAGGAGUUGAUGCCCUUAGCAAUGUGUAAAGGCAACUAAAGAACGGAACAGAAUCUAGAGAACGGUUUCAUCCAGAGUCCUAGGGAAUAAGCACUGAAACCAGACCAUAUGAGAUGCCCAAACACAACCAGCAAGCACUUUACACAAAUAAAUCCACAGUCCUCUGCUGAAGAUUUCAUUUUUUGUUUGGGCAACACCCCAUCACUUCUAGAUAUUGUAGCUAUAAUAGGGUUAAUGUAAUGACCAUUUCACCAAUAAUCCAUUUUCGCCUUAUCUGGCCAGGAUGCACUGCAGUAUGUUCUAGGUUCUCUUAUACGCUAUAUAACAUGUUGUGCAUAAUAGCUGUGUGUAUAUAUUGCCCUGUAGAAGUCUGUACCUCACAUCUUCAUCUUUGUUUACUGGUUUACAGGAUAACAAUGUAGGCUCCUCUGUUAGAGCUGCUAAGAAUAAAACCAUUACCUUA